AUGGACGACGCCGAGCUAGAUGUCAUGAACACCGAGCAGGAUGACCCGCUGCUGCAGCCGGGCGAGCAUGACGUCGCGGAGUCGAUAUCGGAUCCUAUCGAACCUGUCACCGUCAGACGGAAGAUAAAUCAGACACAAUUCAUCAUUAUAUGCAUUGGCGUUCUCUUCGUGCUAGACUUUGCGGCGUUCUUUGAUCUCAUACCACAGACUCGCAUCUUCGAACUGAUCGUCUGUCGGAAUUACUUCGAUAAACACCAUCCAGACCGGUUUCCAUAUCCUCAGGACAUACCGGAGGAGGAAUGCAAGAUAAAGGCCGUGCAGAGCCAGGUAGCUUAUAUCCAGGCCAUCGGCUCCAGUUUUGAUGCACUUCCAAGCAUCCUUCUACUUCUCCCCUAUGGCCAGUUGGCAGACAAUCCCAGGUAUGGUCGCCGGUUUGUCUUGCGGCUGAGUAUGGCCGGUAUUCUGUUAGGCGCAUACUGGGCUUUGCUAGUGUGCUCGCUCUACCGAUAUGUACCCCUUCAAGCGAUCUGGAUAGGAGGCUUUUUCGCCCUGAUCGGUGGAGGGCCAGGCGUGACGAAUGCAAUGGUUAUGACAAUGGUGUCUGAUGCAGUUGAUGAAGCGAAUCGGUCGACUGUCUAUUUCCAGACAUCUCUAGCUGCCGUGGUGGCCCAACUCCUUGCACCUGCUAUAGGGUCUGCCAUGAUGAUGAAGCUGGGCCCAUGGAUACCUUACUUCGUCGGGACGGCGUUCUUCACUCUGUGCUGUUUCUUGAUAUUACUGGUACCGGAAACUAUUCCCAUACAAGUUUCGAAGUCUAGUACCAGCCAUUCAGCUUCAUCUGGAUUUGAUCGGGGUUCCGUACGGGGGUCCCUCGAGGUGCAUCGUCCGGUUUCUCGACCCUCUCUCGCAGCAAAGAUGAAAGCACUCUUUGCAACGGCGUGGAAAGAAACCAAGGCCAUCUUCAGCAAUCGUACCGUGCUGCUUAUACUCUCUACUUUCCUUCUUUCAACGCUGGGACGGAAACAAAUCGACCUUCUAUUGCUCUACGCCUCCAGCCGAUAUGAGAUCACCCUCUCCAAGGCCGGCUUUGUCCAUUCCUUCAUGGCCUGCGUCAGCAUCGUGCUCCUCUUGCUCGUCCUCCCACUUACUUCAAGCUACCUGUCCAAAACCCUCAGCCUGCCCAGCAACCAAAAGGACCUAUGGCUUUCGAAGAUAAGCAUCGUGCUUCUCACAGUCGGAAGUUUUGCUAUUGGCUUCUCCCCAACCUUCGUCUCGAUGAUCUGCGCAGUAGCAAUCUACACCCUAGGCUGUGGGUUCACCGCAGUCUGCCUCAGCUUGAUUUCCGGGUUUGUCGACCCGAAGUACUCGGCCAGGCUGUACUCUGUCAUCUCGCUCAUCGUCAUGAUGGGAACACUUAUCGGCGGGCCUCUCCUGGCAGGGCUCUUUAACCUGGGAUUGAACAUGGGGUCGCCUGCAUGGACGGGACUGCCCUUCUUCGGGUCAGGAGUCAUCCAUAUAUUCGUCCUAGUAUCCGUUUGGCUCAUUCGACUGCCUUCUGUACAACUAGAGUAG